AUGUCGAAGCACAUGGAGUACACUUCCUACCCAAGAGAUUGUCCCACCAUGGAGAACUUGGAGAGGCAACUCAUCUGCCCCAUUUGCUUGGAGAUGUUCACCAAACCUGUGGUCAUUCUUCCAUGCCAGCACAACCUCUGCCGGAAAUGCGCCAAUGACAUUUUUCAGGCGAAUUGCAAAGCUCAGAAGCAGGCGCUGUGUGAGAAGUUUGACCGCAUGGGGGCUAUUUUGGAAGAGCGGAGGAAGAUCAUGCUUCAAAGGAUCAUGUAUGAACAGGAGAGCAAGAGCCAACAUCUGAAUGGGCUGAGCAAAGUAUGCAGUGACCACAUCGAGUCGUCUUCCAAACUGGUGGACACAGCCCUGCAAUCCAUGGAAGAGCCUCAGAUGUCCGUUUUUGUCCAGAAUGCCAAAGUUCUCAUCCGAAAGGUCGUGGAGAUGAGCCACAGCUGCCAGCCAGAAGUCCUGGAAUCGGGAUACGACAACAUGGAACACUACACGGUGGAUUUCAACGCGGAGGAACGAAUCCUCUAUCAACUGGAUUUCAUUAAAGUGGAAGACCCCGAAAUGGCGGCUGAAGAAGAAGGGGCCGGUGGCGAAUCGGAAGAGACUUCAGGAGAGGCUGAACCUGAAGGUGGCGAGAAGGAAGAGGACCUCAAAGACCCUUUUGCCCUCAGAAAGGAAGACCCAUGGCAAGGAAGAUCUCACCUGGCCAACGGGGUAAGGAAGGGUGUUGCAGCUGGGGCAGGAUUUUCAACUCCGGAGCUCACUCAAUCUCUGGCUGAAACUAGCCAGGAAAGCAAUCUAGGGGCCACCCAGCAGGGUCAGCCGGAUGGAGGACUCCAGCUGACCGAAUCCACUUCCCCCUCACCUCUGUCUGAGGGUGACCGAGCAGGUAAUGGAUCUCCUCAAAGCGUGGAGCAAGACUUCAGCACCACGGAGAGCUCAGCAGAGGACGAAGAAAGCCAACAAGAACCCGAAGGACAACAAGUCGGAAUGGCAUCAACCCCCAGCCAGGCUUCUGUCUCCAGUCCCACAACGGACCGGUGGAGAAGUGAGGACUUCACGGAACCUCUGCUUAGCAGCUGUUUCAACCCCACCCUUUGGCUCCAUGAUUAAGACAAGUUGGUGGGAGAUCCGGGUCUACCUAACUCCUCUCGGUCGACGUCGACACUUUUUUUUUCCUGCUCCGCAAAGCAUUUGAAUUUCUAGCAGAAUUCGGAAGGGAGGCAAGAAGCCCCGUUGCGGGAGAUACAGAGAGUCCCCAACGUAGGACCAUAGCUGAGCCCAAAAUUUCUGCUGCUAAGCGAGACGUCUGUUGAACGAAUCUUGCCCCGUUUUACGACCUUCCUUGCCACAGUUGUUCAGUGAAUCCCUGCAGUUGUUUAAGUGAGUAACACAGUGGCGAUGUGAAUCUGGCUUGCUCCAUCAAUCAUGCUUGUUGGACACUGGCUGGGAAGGUCACAAAUGGUGAUUUAGUGACAGUCACUAAAGGAAUGCUGUAAGUUGAGGACUACCUGUUCUAAUUUAUUGUUAAAGCCUACACGCAGGAAUCUUCUCAGACUACUGAUUAGCAUCUUGUGAGUCCUAGAUAAGGAUCAAUGGCCUUCAAGAAGGGCUGGACUUCAGUUGUUUAUGCCUAUAUAAUGAUUCUAAGCUGAUGCCUCUUUUAAUUCCUCCUCCUGUUUCUGUCACUCCUUCCCCUAUAGGGAGACCCUGGUCCUAAGAGCCCCUGGAUAUUAUUGGAAUAUUAUAAUAUUCUGACUAUAAUCUUUUUGGUCAGAACUUUCUCAGAAGCGUUUCAUCCCUCUUUGCCUAAAUGACAGUUCUUGCGUAUGGUAGACCUCGACCACAAUUGAGCUCAACAUUUAUGUCGCUACGCGAGACAGU